UAAUUAAUUGGAAUUCAAUAGGAAUCGUUUGAAAAAUAAUGUUAUACUCCUUACAUCUGAAUCGAUUUGGGGAAAAAAGUACCCGCCUAAUAAUUCCUCAUCCAUUUCAAAAUCGUGCAGCCGAGAUAUGGCUUCGUCCUCUUCGGAAUCCGUGUCACUGAAACACAUUGUCUGAAAUUUUUCAAGAUGUUUCCAAUUAGGUAUAUGCAUAAUCAUUUGAAAAAAAAAUCCUUACAUGCAUUUCAGGUCUGAUCGGGUUUUCACCUUUUUUUUCUGUUUUAUCACCAAUAACCAUUGAAGUAUCCGUCGAAAUACGUCUGUGUUGAUUUGCAGGAAAGCUUUCCAAAGUUUGAUCAGGUUGCCCUGAGUUGUUCGGAAUCGGAACCCGCUGAAAUUAAUCGAAGUGUUUAAAACUUUAAAAUGAUAAUCUGUCUUGCGUUUUAAAGAUUACCUUGAGAUAUUUUCGGGCAUACGGAACCUCCAUAUUUCGGGUAAAUAACGAACUCAUUCUUGAAUUUCUCAUUUUUCCUCAACUUGAUUUUUCAAAUUUCGUUAUGAAAUAUAUCUUCGCUCGAAAAUUCGAAUUACAUACCGUAAUUUCAAUGAAUGAAUUAAAUUAAAUCUUCGGGAACCGAAAUCACCCUAGACGUACACAAUUAAAUGAUAAUGUCAAUAGAAUGGUUUAUCAAAACCUAUCAUACAACGAUAUAAUUUAUAGUUUAUUCACAAUAUUUUACCUUAUUUCACAAUUUUUCUUCGUGUUCAAGUAAUCCAAUUUAUAGUGUUUUACAAUAAGCGUGUGCGGUUUGUUUAUCGGUAAAUUUAUCGUUGCCAAGCUGAAGUGAAAAUUUCUUGCUUUCUUUUAGAUUUGUCGGAAAAAAGUGAAAAUUUAGUUGACGCUGUCUAACACUAACCGAAAAAAAAAUGUCUCAAAAGCGUACAUACACUAGAGACAAUGUGGCUCUAACCUCGAAACAAUUGAUCCCGGGAGGAGGCGCGGAAGAUUUGGAUAACGCUGUAUUUACAGAAGAUGUGGAGCUAGACAUUUCUGUGGCUCAAAUACAGAAAAUAAAUGCUGCGUCACCAAAGCACAUUGGGCAGUUUGUGCAAAACUUGGUGUUGCACCUGUACGGUCCAGAAGAACUGAGAUCUAGAACGGUUACUGCAAAAAACACCAUAACUAAAAAAGAUAAAACUCUGAAGCCAAUUUCUCCAUCUAAGAUGGAUUUUAUAUAUAAAAAGGCCCUCGAGAGAGCUGCACUUGAUGUGGGAACGACAAAUUUUUCCGAGCAGCAGCUAAUGGCCAAUAAGACAUUAGUUAAUCGAGCCAUUGCUGAGAAAAUUUCGAAUUUAAGAAAGGCGUAUAAACUUUCAAUGGCUAAAACGUUGAGCACUGCCAAUUAAUUUUAUAUUUCAAAUAUUUGAACUUUUUUUUAUAACUGACAUUUAUUUGCUUUGAAGUUAAAGCUUUGAUUAUCAUAACCGAUGUUCAUAAAAGCAUUCGGUUUCGUUUAUGUUUUUUUUUAAAGUUGUUUUGCAUUUUAAUGAAAUAAAAAAAUGAAUAAUAGUACACAAAUUAUUUCUUGAUUAAAUGCUUGGAAGAAAUUCCUGUUCUGAUCACAUUUGGUAUCUGCCCUAGAACUUUCAGAGAAAAAAAAAUGAAAAUUGUUUUGACCGAUGAAGCAUCUAUAAAGGUAAGAUUACGACUCCCCCUAUGUAACAUACUAUAUUUUGUUUUACCCCCAUGAAAAAUAAUUUGUAAUAUUUUGUAAUACAAUCAAAGUUGCUAAAAAGCUUGGUUAAAAAUAAUUUAUUCUUCAUGAUGUGAUCAUAUUCUAGCAUAUUUUUAAUGGUUUUUUUUACAAAAGAAAAUUUUCUACGGUACUUUUAUAACCAAUCAGUAAACGCAUUGAAAAACAAGCAAUCCUAAAC